AUGCAUACGAAAAUAUUUGGACAACCGUUUAGCGAAUCGAAGCUACGUUGGCACGCAUCGGAUGUCACCAGAAUACAGGUGCUCAUCGAAUGGGGCGGUAUAUACCUGGACAAGGAUGUAGUGGUUGUCCAAAAAUUAGACCGAUUUCGUAACUAUGAGAUGACUGUGGACUACGAAGUGUACGACCUGUUUCUCGGUACGCAAACAUUGAUUGCCGGCCGUGAGGCCCUGUUUUUGAGACUAUGGCUUCAACAGUAUCGCCGCUAUGAGGCCGACUGUUGGAUGUGUAACGCAGCUGUCCGGCCGACCAAAGAGAUUAUUAAUCGAUGGCCCGAAUUGGUUCAUCGGACAACUCCCGGUGCGUUUGGCGCUUCUAUAGAGGAAUUGUGUCCGAUGCUGUACUUGAGGUAUGAGCCCGAUUGGAGGCACAAGUACUAUGCAAUACAUCUAUUAAUGAGAGCCAACUCGUUGACUGAUAUUAAUUACUGUCUCGACCGGAGACCCGAUAUGAUGACUGCUGUUAUCGAUGAACACUAUGUACGCCAAUUGAAUACAACUUUCGGUGAAAUAGCUAGAGAUUUGUUAGAUUUUGAUGUUUGA